CCAGAUCGUACUUCGCUUCGUCGACAUACUUCAACUUGGUCUUCGAAACUACACUACGAAUUUGCUACGGAUAGCAAAAAUGCCUCUUCUUAACAGAGUAUCUACAUGCACAAGGGCCAUCCGUUCAACAGGCAGUUCUAGUGUCGCCAAAUGUUCUGUAUCUCCAGUGAUUAGAAACGAUCAUGCCCGACCUUGUGAACAAGUCGUUUCUGCAGGUAGUAAGCCCAAAUUGCAGUCGCGGGCGAUGACUACCUUCUGCCGAUUCCCUCGUUGCCUUUGGACAACAACAUGUCACCAGAGGCCUCGGCCGCCUCACAGAAGCUGUCAUGACGAAGGGUGAGGGUUCGUACGUGACCUUUGAGGAUGGGCGCAGGAUGCUAGAUUUCAGUUGUGGUAUUGGUGUAACAAACCUUGGUCAUUGCCACCCGAAGGUUUCCAAAGCUGCAGCGGAUCAAUGCGUGAACAUU